GUUAGUAUAAAGUUAGGCAUUUUUGCGGUAGUUUAACAUAGUGGUAUAUUUAAAUGUAUUUCAUACGGGGGAAAUGACAAAAAACGGGACUUCAAAUGUGGUCAGUCAUCAUAUCGAAAAAAUGAAAUUUGGAAAACUAGGAGUGUUUCCUUUUGCUGUUUUUCUUCCUGCAAUUUGUGAUGGCUUGACCUAUUGUUGGACUAGAGUCCAAGCUGUGUAUGAUAACAUCCAUGAUACUUGCCAUAUGCAACGGCACAACAAAAGGACAGAGGAAAAGAAGCCACUUCAGACAUUGAAGGAAAUCGGGAAUUUCACUAAAAACAACAAUAACAGCAAAAUAAAUAGAAACUACAAGAUACCUUUUGAUUCCAUUUGGCUGAUCAUGAUCUCGAUACUCACAUUUUUACCUGGUGCUGAUGGUGCUGGUGGUGCUGCUGCUGCUGCUGCUUUUACUUGUCAUUCAGGGACCCAACAUGGAUUCAGCCCCACAGGUCCACCUACAACCACUCAAGUCACGGUGAUUCCAGAAUCUUUGUCGACACCCCUUGCCAUGCCAUCAACAAGGCAUAUACGACCUCAACCCAUAGUAAGCGAGAAGGCUAGUCAGGCAAGGCGAAGGAGAAGGCAAAUUGUUAACAGAGGGCACGAUUUGUGCUCCGUUGAAGUGGACAAUGGCCACAUAGUGUUUAAAGUCUCCUCCAAGGACGGUACCAGUGACAUUCUUAAUUUUAAGGUGGAUAAGCAUUAUGUUGCUGAUUGUGUUACAAGAACUGAGGAAGCAGUAAUUGAUGAAAAGUUUCAAAAACAGUUUAACAUCUCUUUCGUCGAUGGACAGUGCAUCUUCAUUAUCUUUAGUUUAAAUGGAAGCCAAUCAAUUGUCAGCAUCUCCUCUGAAGCUAAGGCUUUGGCAGAAGUGUCAAUAAAUGAAGAAGACCAACAAAGAUGCAAGGAUCCUUCCAACCGGAGUUUUAUCCUGAAAAAAAAAAAAUUGGACAGCGGGGUUCCAAUGGCAACUAUUGUUGGCAUUGUGAUUGGCGUUUUGAUUGUUGCAGUGAUUGUUGCCACCAUAAAGAGAAGAGAGGUACCUUAUACACUAUGGAAAUAA